CUAAGCGGAGGGGAGUAACGUUUUAGCUUAGAAAAUACGACACCGAAUAUGCAAAAAUAAGGGGUGUAACUUUUUCGAUAUCGUCAACUGGUUCAGAAUAUGUAAUUUAUAUAAUUCUUACACGUUCCGUUUAAGAGGUAUUAACGAGAGAAGUCGGAAUCUUUAAUAUAAAGCUAACUACGUCUCAUGUUAGGGAGAUAGCUAACAUUAGUAAUACUGGUGUUUAAAGAUGAAGUUGUCUUCUGUUGUCGUAACAUUGAUAUUAACGGUGGGUGUUUCUUAUUACAUCUAUACACCGUUACCUGCUGCCAUCGAGGAGCCUUUGAAACUGAUGCUGCUGGACACCUUAUUCCGUGCUAUGGUGCAAGUGGGUGACCUGUGCCAGUGUCUGGGUCUCAGUCACCACAUCACAGUGAUUCGGGGGGCCAUAUCGGGGCUGGAGUCCUUGGGGGAGAUGGCGGGAGGGCAGGGAGGCGGGGUGAGGGUAAGUGACGUGGACUUUGACAGAGUCCCGGUGCGCGUGUACGAGCCCCCUGCCGCGGGGGGAGGAGAGGGGGGUCUGAGGAGGGCUGUGAUGUUCUACCAUGGAGGAGGAUGGGCCCUGGGGGCCACCAAGAUGGGGAGCUAUGAUGUCUUGUGUAGGCAGAUGUCUGAUGAGCUGAAUGCAGUGGUUGUGUCUGUUGAGUAUCGUCUGGCUCCAGAAGUGCAUUUCCCUGUGCAGUAUGAGGACUGUCUGGCUGCGGCCAAGCACUUCCUGGAGCCGGGCAUUCUGGGAAAGUUGUCUGUGGAUCCACAGCGUGUUGCCGUGUCAGGCGACAGCGCUGGAGGAAACCUGGCUGCAGCCGUCGCACAGCAGAUCUCGGUAGAUGACAGUGUGAGUGUGAAGUUCAGUGUUCAGGCAUUAAUCUACCCAGUCCUCCAGGGUCUAGACCUCAACACUCCAUCCCACCAACAGAACCACAACAUACCCAUCCUACACCGCUUUAUAAUGGCCAGAUUCUGGCUGCUCUACCUGGGGGUUGAUACCUCUCUCUAUCCCCUCCUCUUGUCCCCCUCCUUCCUCCAUCAUCCCUCCAUCCCUCCCUCCGUCCGCUCCCAUCUCAACUGGACCACCCUUCUGCCGGCCAAACACAUUAAGCAUUACAAGCCUGUUGGCAUGGAGAUGGGGUCACAGGAGGUCACGGGGCAGGAGGGCAAUCUUCUCCCGGGGUUGCUGGAUGUCCGAGCGGCGCCGCUGCUGGCGGAGCAGGGGGUUCUGGGUAGAACGCCGCGAGCUUACAUUCUAACGUGUGAGUACGAUGUGCUCAGAGACGAUGGGUUGAUGUACACCAGGAAGCUACAGGACGCAGGCGUCACGGUUUCCAGCCAUCACUAUGACGACGGUUUCCACGGCGCCUUGAGUUUUGCACACUGGCCAUUUUUCUUUGAUGUGGGGAAAAGAAUGAUCAGAGGAUACAUGGACUGGCUGCAGGAAAACCUCUAGUGUGUGUGUGUGUGUGUGUGUGUGUGUGUGUGUGUGUGUGUGUGUGUGUGUGUGUGUGUGUGUGUGUGUGUGUGUGUGUGUGUGUGUGUGUCUAUGAAACUGCAAACCCAAAGCCAUCUGUCAGUCAGAAUUUCAGACCAAUGUUCAGGAUAGACAAGCAGAUGUUUUAAGGCUUUUAAACUGGGUUCAACCUGAUUGUUGACCUGGGAUAGAAUGUCUCUCUUACUGGGUUAAACUGGAACAAACUGGGUUGGACUGGUGUUUGAAACUGUUUUAGAAUGUAAGAAUAUAACAGAGACACCGUUCCCUGAUUUGUAGCUGUUUGCACUCUGGGGUGUGUGUGUGUGUGUGUGUGUAGCAAUAUGUUUGGUUCCGUUAAACACACACACGUCAUCCUAUCCCAGCUCUGCUCACCUGACCUGAACAAUAGACAUGCUAUGUUUUAAACGUGCAGUCUGUUAUCUCUGUCAUAGAGAUCACUAAUACACUAAAAUAAACAUCCCAUCUAAGCCAAUCAAUGCGCAGUGUUAGAAUGUAGUAAUCUGGGUAAUCUGAUAACAGUCCUAGUUUUAGACUAGAUUAGGUUAAAUUAUGUUAUGUGCACAACUGGUUUAUACAUCAAUGCAAUCUAUAAAGAAUUGUGCCUCGAUGGAAAAACAAUGAAGACUCAAAAGGUAGGGUCAUACAACAGGAUCCCCUGGUGCUGUAAAAAGCAAUAACAAAACUUGAUAAAUAAGUAUGUUCUUUAGACAAGGUAUUGAGUGAGGACUUCAUCUACAACCUGAAUGUAUUUACACACUUUUCAUCUGACAACGCUGUGAGAGCUUGAUUUUUUCCCACUGAACAGAAUGAUCUCUGUUGUCCCCAGUAACUGCUGCUGGGUGUCAGUACUUUAUGUACAAUUAUGAUUGUAAUGGUUGAUUGAUGUUUAACCCUCCAAUAAAUAUGAAUCAGUUUGA